CAGCAGAGCAGGGCAGAGUUCUGUGACAUUGUGCUGCAGACCCAAGGUGUGUCUGUGCCGGUGCACAGCUGUGUGUUGUCUGCCUUCAGUCCUUGGCUCUGUGGUGCUCUGUCAGCCAUGCCAUCACCCCGGAAUGGACAGAGGAGACUGAUUCAAGUCCAAGCUGUGGAGGCCUGUACGCUGCUCAGUCUGGUCAGCCUGCUGUACUCAGGUCAGUUGAACGAGGACAAAGAGGAAGUCCUAUCAGCAGCCUGCAAACUAGGCAUCGACAUACCUCAGCAAGUAGCAAAGAGGCCAGCAACUGAGCGAAACACACAGAUGGAGUGCAUGAGAGAGGUGGCAGAGAGAGAGUGUCAAACUGAGACCGUCCCUUCUGAAUGUCAAAACCCCAAAGAGACCAUUGAAAGUGUUCAUUUGAUUGGCACGUCAUCAUGGAGGAGCGAUCAGGGGCUCUGCACGUACACCGAUGGCUCUGAUAUCACCCUGGCCACACUUCAAAACGUCCAGGUUAAUCGAGAGAACAUGCCUUCCUUUCAAGUCAUGGAUGUGGUCCCUGAAAGCGCUAUACAAGAUGAUAUAGAUUUAAUAGACUAA